AUGGAAUAUUCUGACGAUUCGCUUAGAUGUCCUAUUAGCCUUGAGUUAUUUGAAGAUCCUGUUAUUGGUGACGAUGGACAUACUUAUGAACGUAAGAAUAUUAUUACUUGGCUUGAAAUGCACGGGACUAGUCCACUUACACGAGAACCAAUGGAUACGACUUCAUUAAAACCUAAUCAUCUUAUUCGAAAACUAGUUCAUGAAUUUCGUACAAGAUUUGAACAAAAACAAUAUGAAUUUCGUCUUGAUGUUGAUGUAUGUAAAUCUGAAGAUCAUCCUUUAUUUGUAUCAUUUGGUAGGAUUGUCUACAAAGCAGAAUGGAUCGGUAAACAAAACUCUUCUGUCUGCUUACUCAACAUCAAUGGAGUACGACCUAUACGUGAAUCUUCAUUCUAUGCUCAACUUAGUUGCCAUCCAAAUAUUGUUCAUACAUAUGGUAUCGUUCGUAAUGAUCUACGUUCCGUUUUAUUCUUGCAAGAAUUAACAUUACAUGGCGAUUUAUCAUAUCAAUUACGAGAGCAAGAUUUUCAUCCAUCUAAUAGAGUACUAAUCGAAAUUUUUAUUCAACUUAUUAAUGCUCUUAUAUAUUUGACGAAGAAUAAUAUUGUUCAUGGUAAUUUAGCAUGUCGCUCUGCGUUAGCAUUUCGUCUACAUCCAAGUGAAGAAAAACAUAAUUUAUUCAAAUUAACUGACUAUGGUAUUACAAUACAAAGCACUAUAUUUUCUAUAGUAGAUGAUGGUACUGACAAUAAUAGUUCACUUAUGACAAGACCAUUUCGUUCUUGUGCACCCGAAAUUUUACGAAAAAAAAGUUAUCAUGUAACUUAUUCGGAAAAGUCUGAUGUUUAUUCUAUGGGUGUACUUAUAUGGGAAGCUCAUUCACAAGGACAAAUUCCGUUUGAAUCCAUUGAAAAUGAUUCAGAUGUAAGAAGAGCUAGACGAUCUGGUUUAGUUCUAGAAAGGCCUCAAUCAUGUGAUACUGCGCUUUGGACACUCGUAGAACUCUGUUGGCAACUCGACCCUGAUUGUCGUCCUUCAUUUCAAUCACUAAAAGAUAAUAUAUUAAAACUAUGUAAUGAUUCUAAUCCAUCUGAUAUUCAUGAUUCACUCAUAUCUGAAAGCCAGUACACAUCCGGCCAAAGAGAAAAUACUACACUAAACGAUUUCAAUCAAUAUCCUGAUAACUCAUAUAUCGACGGCGACGGACAACAGUCAAAUGCAAUCCUUAGGCGACGAAUGAAUAGAGAAAAUUACGAUGGUUUGAAACAGAAGUCUGAUAAAAAGGAAAGUAAGCAAAAUAAAUCAACAUUAUUGGAAGCUGGUGAUAAUAGCUUUUUUCAUGAAAUGAUUACAAAUGAUCUUAGCCAAUUCGUCUUUAUGCCCAUUCCUGUCGGACAAAAUUUUAUCAAAUGUCGCAUUCUACGUAUGAAAGGAAAUACUUACUUAUUUCAUGUUGAGCAAUCUGUCAGCAAGCGAGAGUUGCUUGCACUUAUGGCUAAAAAACAAUCAUGGAAUGCAACAUCACACUACGUUAUUACAAGUGAGUCUAAAGAUUUGCUCAAAAACAGACAAGGUAUUGCUACACUCCGAGCAAAAACGUUUGGUGGGCUAGAAUUUAUCAUUUACAAAGAUGAUAAUAAUAAAACUGUUAAUGGAUAUCAGUCAGAAAUAGGUGGUAUUAUUUAUGAGAGAAACAUUCUUGGUAAGAAAGGUCCUCGAAAAAUGACUGUUAUUCUUCCAAAAUCCAGUUUGAAUGAUGAAAUAGGAAUAGUUCAAACAGCUCGAGAAUCAAAUAACCUUAUUCAACAAUGGAAACGAAACGAUACAAAUGACUUGUGGGAAUUUCAUAAUAAAGCUCCUAUCUGGAGUACAGGUAGUUUUUCCUAAUAAAUUACUAUCAUUUCGGCAUUAAACAUAAAUAUGUUUUCCUUUUAUUUAG